AUGCCUAAGAAAAGGCAGCAUCUCAAGCCAUUCAAGCCAGCCCCGACGGCCUCUCCGACGCCCGGGUCUUCGUCCAACGCAGCUGGCAAGACUCCCAAGAGCGUCAACGAGCUGCUGGCCAGCUUGCGACACGCCUCUCUAGACUCAGCAGCUCCGCGACAAUUGCCCACCGUCACACCAUCUGUGCCGCCAGCCCUUAGGGAGAUACUGCAGAUCCCAGACACUCCAGCCCCCGCACCCAGACGGCAGCACAGGCAGAGGCUUGACAACAACGGCCGCCGCCUCCCAGCUGGUCCUCCUCCCCCACGAAGCUGGGUUGCUGCCAGGAGCGGUGCUACGCAUCUUCAAAGAUCUGGUUCCUCGACUGUGAACCGGUGUGGUCUUGCUGAUUCGACUUUGCCGGGCACUUACCUACCGGCUCCACGGAGUCUCAUCGAUAUCAUCCUCAGGAAAAUUGCUGUUCACUGGGAAUUCCACCGCGUGUUUAACCAGUACUACCUGUAUUAUAUCCCUGCACAUCUUAAAUCCGCGCUGAUUCGAUGGGUCGGCAUUGCAAGCCCUGAUGGUCUAUCGGUCCAAGACCUUAGACUAAUACUCCUUCCCUCUCCGGAAUCUCUGGAAGACGCGGAAGACGAUGGCAUUUCUGAAUACCAUACCUCCGUUAAUGCUGAGGUCAAUUACCUGGAUUUGUCGGGCUCCUUGGGUCGCUCCCUGACUCUCAAAGAAGUCUCCGAUCUUCUCUAUCCGUUGAAGAAGCUGGAGGAUUCGAAUGAGCCGCAGGAGUCUUGGGAUGAAAAUGAGACUAUUCCAAGUCCUCCGCGAGUGCUGUUGCCAAACCUCACACAUCUGUCGCUCUCUCUCGACCCUCAACUAUCCUCAGAAGCAUCGUGGAGGCAGCUUCUGUCUCUGUCAUCGAAGCUUACUACCAUCACCCAUUUGAGCCUUGCCUACUGGCCCGACCCAACUCUUACUCCGCGAGCCCGCCUCUCCACAGUAGCUACGCCGCAGGGCGAGAAUAUCGCUUACGGAGGGACGAACUACUAUUCUCACUCUAUAGAUCAUGACUGGAGCGAGGCUCUGUUGGUGCUGAGGAUGCUCAGCAGAAACCUCUACGCACUAGAGUUUCUCGAUCUCACAGGAUGCGCGCCAUGGUUCAAAGCCCUGAUGCUGCAUUCAGACCAUGAUUUCGUGGACUGGGUCGGGUCGUGGGGGAAAGUGACGCUGCUCCGAAUAUACACUGGGUGGACCCCUGGAGAGGAUGCUCUUCCUUCAGAGCGGAUUGCUUACCGCGAGGCUAUAGAUGUGGCCACGAAUGUGGAGAGACACAUCAGAGCUGCACGGGGAGGAAAAGGCAGAAUCAUUACGGUGGAAAGAAAUAGGUUGGAUCCAUAAAUACCAUUGGGGGAUUGCAUAUUUUAGACAUAGAUCUGGCAUAUUUGGCAUAUUAUUUGCAAAAUGUUUAAUGUUCCAUCCUUACCAGGUUGAGCUAGUAAGGCUGCAUUAUGUUGUUGAUCAAUUGAAUGAACCUCAAAAGUUGGGC